UGAGGAACUAAGCGGAGCAGGAAAACUUUUUUGUGGAACUUGGAGACCGCUGUCGGGAGUAAAAACUGCUAUAUGCCGAGUUAAAACGUUUGAAAGGCAACUUUGUCAUUGAGGUACAAUGGGACUCCCCACUUUGGAGUUCAGUGACUCUUUCCUGGACAGUCCGGACUUCAGAGAGCGGCUCAAAUGCCAUGAAAUAGAGCUAGAGCGGACAAAUAAAUUCAUCAAAGAACUCAUCAAGGAUGGGAAUAUGCUGAUCACUGCACUCAAGAAUCUUUCUGCUGCCGUCCAGAAGUUCUCCCAGUCCCUGCAGGAGUUCCAGUUUGAGUGCAUAGGUGAUGCAGAGACAGAUGACGAGGUGAACAUUGCCCAGUCAUUCAAAGAGUUCUCUCAGCUGCUGAGCACUGUUGAAGAAGAAAGAAGGCGCUUGAUUCAGAAUGCAGAUGAUGUGUUGAUUACUCCUUUGGAAAAGUUUCGGAAGGAGCAAAUCGGUGCUGCGAAGGAGGGGAAGAAGAAAUUUGAUAAGGAAACAGAGAAAUACUACUCCACGCUUGAGAGACACCUUAACUUGUCAUCCAAAAAGAAAGAAGCAUAUCUGCAGGAGGCUGACAUGCAGAUUGAUAAAGAGAGACAAGUCUUUUAUGAUGCAUCCCUUGAGUAUGUUUUCAAAAUACAAGAAGUGCAAGAAAAAAAGAAGUUUCAGUUUGUCGAGCCGCUCCUGGCCUUUCUACAGGGUUUGUUUACAUUCUACCAUGAAGGAUAUGAGCUGGCUCAUGAAUUUGAGCCAUACAAACAGCAGCUCCAGUUCAACCUACAGAACACACGAAACAACUUUGUGAGCACAAAGCAGGAAGUGGAGAAGCUCAUGAAGAGGAUCAAGUCUGCAGAUCAGGACUAUAAACCCCCAGGCCAGUGGACGAUGGAAGGCUUCCUGUAUGUCCAGGAGAAACGUCCUCUGGGAUGCACUUGGACACGUCACUACUGCACAUAUGAGAAAGGCAGCAAGACCUUCACCAUGAGCAACACUGAAAAUAAGUCGGCCGGGAAACAGAACGGUCUUGUCCUGAACCAGGCGGAGAUGUUCAAGCUGAAGUCCUGCAUUCGGAGGAAAACUGACUCAAUUGACAAGCGUUUCUGCUUUGAUAUUGAAGUGGUGGAGAGAAAUGACAUCUAUCGUGGAACUCUUUUCAGACCGCUUCAGUUUUUCUGUAAAGUCCGGCAUGGCGUUAUGACACUGCAGGCACUGUCAGAGUCUAACAGAAGAUUGUGGCUGGAGGCCAUGGAUGGCAAGGAGCCGAUUUACAACCUACCAGCCAUAUUAAGCAAAAAGGAAGAGACAUUUCUUAAUGAGGCGGGCUUUAACUUUGUAAGGAGAUGCAUUGACCUGGUGGAGAUGAGAGGCAUAAAUACAAUGGGACUGUACAGAAUUGGAGGGGUCAACUCCAAAGUACAGAAGCUGAUGACCACAGUCUUUUCAUCCAAAGCACCUGUGGAUAUGGACCUGGAUCCAGAAACGUGGGACAACAAAACUAUUACCAGCGGUCUGAAGAAUUACCUCAGGUGUCUCUCUGAUCCUCUAAUGACUUUCAAGCUCCACAAGGAUUUUAUCAUGGCUGUCAAGUCAGAUGACCAGAACUACAGGGUGUGUGCUGUCCAUGCUUUGGUUCAUAAGCUGCCAGAGAAGAACAAGGAAAUGCUGGAGCUACUAAUAAAACACCUCGUCACAGUUUCCACACAAAGCCAGCACAACCUGAUGACAGUGUCCAAUCUGGGCGUCAUCUUUGGGCCCACUCUGAUGCGGUCACAAGAGGAAACUGUGGCCGCAAUGAUGAAUAUCAAGUUCCAGAACAUAGUGGUGGAAAUACUUAUUGAGAACUUCAUCAAGAUCUUCCACCAACCUCCGGACCCCAAUGUGCCCCUGCCCCAGCCCCAGAGCCGGCCUGGCUCUCGCAGGAGCAGGGCCAUCUGUCUGUCCACUGGGCCCAGGAAGCCACGCAGCCUCUACACCCCAACACUGUGCCUGGCUGAUGCAGAAAGUCCCUGUAUAGGUGACACUUUCAGCAGCAGUCCGAGCAGCACACCUAUGGGCAGCAUGGAGUCUUUGUCCUCCCACUCCUCUGAGCAGAAUAGCUCUUCCAAAACAGCUUCCUCUGCUCAGGUCAAGGACAAGUUGCUCCUGGACCUCCGCCGAACGCCAUCACAGCUCUCAAAUGGCCCCAGGAGUGCUGUAUGUGUCAGCAGCCCAGAGUCUAGCUCCAAGGAGGAUGCAGGGCGUACAGAUGGAGAGUCAGAGGAUGCUCUCAGUCUGUCCUCAGUCAGCACCGCGCCCAUGCUGUCUCCUGCCCCCAAAAAAGCCCCCCACUGCCGCCCUGACAUCAGGCCAGCACUGUUGAACCGCUCAGCUGCUCCCUCUCUGAAAUCAGUGCAUAUAUCUGAAGGCCGCAGGAGCUGCUCUGGAUCUGUCCAAAGUCUGUCAACACUGGAGCCAAAAGAGCACCCAGACCUUCCACCAAAACAAAUGAUCCGCCGCAGGAUGGACAUCUCAGUCAGCAACGGCUACCAAAGACCUGGCUCAGUGGUCGCUGCCAGAGCACUGCUUUUUGAAAAUACCUCUUCCUCACAGUCUGUUCCAGUCGGAAGAGAUGCCAAGGCGAUGUAUUCCUGUGAGGCAGAGCACAGCCAUGAGCUCAGCUUCCCUCAGGGGGCGCACUUUUCAAAUGUCUACCCCUCUGUUGAACCAGGCUGGCUCCAAGCAACAUACGAGGGAAAAACAGGUUUAAUCCCUGAGAAUUAUGUCGUCUUUCUCUAACAAACUGGUAAACAUUGCAUCUUUUUCAUGGUAUCCAUGGAAAAAUUAAUACACACAAUCGGGUUGACUGUUGUAAGGAGUUCCUGUUAUUGCUGGUAACUAACAUUUCUGCAUUUUAUAUGCGGUCUUAGCAGAUAUCAAGCAGUAUAGUAUUUGCUUUAACACUGCUAGAAGUUCGAAGUCCAAAAAUGACUUCAUUGUGAAAUGUUUGGGGAAUCUGCAGAGAUUAAGAAAGUAAGAAGAAAUAGGUAUGACAUUAUUGUUACAUGUAAAUGCAUAUAUUACCCAUCAACUGCACUGAUGUUUUUAGUCCCAGUAUUAGCAGAAUCACAAAACAAUCACAUCCUAUUUCACAAGAUUUAUUCUCAGAAAUAUAUUAUAUUUUAACUGCCCAUUAAAUCAACAUAACACUUUCAUCAAGUUGCAAAUGAAAAUCUGUAGUUUCAUAAACAUUUUGUAUUAACUGUAACUGAAUACACUGUGAUUAAAAAUAAUGAUAAUAAUCUAAUCUAUUAGAAUCCAUAAUGGGUUUGCACCUUAACUUUCAUGUUUAUGGCCUGUGAUCAUUGAUCAUCCAUUGAACCUGCUCACUGCUGCAGUGCACUUUCUGGUUAGCUACACAGUACUGUACUGUACAGUACAGUAAUGCUAGUGAGCUCUUCUGUCGACGCUAAUCAAAAUAUUUACUUCCUGUAACACUUUAUUACUAUAAAUUAUCACAUCAAAUAUAUGCCGAAUGUAAAAUGUUUUUUUUAUAUAAUGUCAUGAAUGCUGUGUCCGUGAGGUGGAGCCUUCACAUUUAAUGCCUGUGGUACUGUACUCACUGGUACACUGGUGUACUAGUAAUGACAACUAGACAUGUAUCAAAUUAUAUUAUGUUAAAGAUGCUAUUUCAUAUUUAAUUUUUACAGUCACAACAUUUCCAAAGUACAAAGUUCAUUAUUAUCUAAAAAGAAAAUAAUCAACAUCUUCAGUUAUUAUAAACUGAAAAAUCACUCCAACGUAAGACAUUCUCUGGUGUCCGAAGGUAUUUGUGAUCUUGUACUUUCCAAGAUUAGGAGGUUCUUUUCCAUUUACAUCUUUAAGAAUGUCAGGUGGCCUUGACCAUUGAUGCUGGAAUAACACUCCCUUGCAGUCUCAAUUUGCAGGAGCAUAUCACAGAAAUUAUAUCCAUAUCCUGAAUAUGUAACAUUUGACAUACUUAAAUUUUAUACGGCAAGCUUGUUUCCUUGAAGUCAUCCACUGUGUCUUGGAGGUGCAUAAACAUGUCUAUAAAUAAACAGUGAUUUAUUAGACCUGUGGUCCAAAUUCUUUAUCACAGUUAGUGAGUUUAACUUGUGCUUACUGCAGUGAGAAACUCUGUAUUCAACAUGUAAAGAAGGCUGAAUAGUGAGAAUGUGUUGUAAAUGUAUUAACCUUUGGUAAAAUAUAGUUGUCUCUUUGUGUUCUACUUUCCAUGUUUUUAUUACCUCUGCCAGGGAAGUUACAUUUUGGCACAUUGCUUUGUUUGUUAACUGUACAACUAGUAACAGAUUUCAGUUAAAAAUUAUUUAGAGAAAGACCAUGUGCGGAGGAGAAAGGGAUUAAUUAUUUUUACAGAUCUGCUGAUACAGAAAUUAUAAAGGAUUUCUGUAUAUUAUGAAAUGGGGCUUUUUUGAAAACAUUUUCUAAUUUUUAAUUAACUACUGCAUUCACUUGAAUUAAACCUGUCACAUGUAUCCCAUUUCUGUCAUUGUGUGUAUUCUGACGCAGAUCGAGAUGCAGAUUUUUAUGUUCUGUUAUGAAAAUAACACAUUUUGGGCAUUGUGCAGCCUUUGUGGAGAUGUGCCCUUUUUUUAUUAGUUAUCUUCUCAUUUUCCCCUAUAGGUGCAUUGAGUCACACAGCUGCUAACCCUAAAAUAAUUUGAUUAGUUAAAGUGGCAGAUUUCAGUGUCUCCCCUAUUUGUCCUCUACUAAGAAUAAAAUGUUUGUGAGAAACACUGA